AUGGCCGCGAAACUCUCUUUUCCCACUGUUCGAGAGGGAUCACACUAUGAUCCAUUACUCUUCAAGGCAGCCGCCGCUCUUGUGGCCUUGGGAGUGUUCCUGAUAAUGCGCUUUAUUUACUGGUAUCUGAAGGCCUCCAAACAGUUUCCUGGCCCUCCAGUAAAAUCCUUCUUGCAAGGGAAUCUGGACCAGACCAUGACAGAUGAUAUACAUGAAAAGUGGCGCGCAUGGCACAUUCAAUACGGCCCCAUCUUCCAGACUACUGACAACGAUGGGAAGUGGAAUGGCCCCUGGGACCGCACUAUCUAUGUCGGCAAACCUUCCCUUAUCUCCAAAAUUGCGAACCAAAACUGGCCCAAGGCGCCGGCACAGUAUGAAGGCUUCAAGCCCUUGAGUGGGAGUGCAUUGUUCGCACAAAUGGACCACACUAGGUGGCACAGCCAGAGAAAAGCUCUGGCACCUGCUUUUGGUCCUGCUGUCGUCAACGCGCAGUUUUCGAGCCUGGCGAGAUACCUUACCCAAUUCGUUGAGAUUCUCGAUAAUGCCGCCUUGAACAGCCGGGUGCUCGAUAUCUCUCUGCUGAACGUUCUGCUCACUCUGGACUUUAUCGGCGAGGUUGCCUUUGGCAUUGAUCUUCAUGCCAUGGAACAAGGAGAGAGCUGCCGUGUCAUGCAAAUCUUCCAGACAGUGCUCCCCGAACUGAUGAAGUGCGGACUCUUCCCACUGCACGCAAAGAUCCCAGUCCUGAAGAGCACGCGUGAUAUGCAUGCGGCUAUCGCAGAGCUGAGAUCAAUGGCCGAUCAUGCAGUGCAGAAGUGCCGGGAGAAUGACACUCCUGACAGCAAACCAGCAAAACGCAUCUUUGAAAUUCUUGCCAAUCACAUUCCUUGUAGCUGGAGGAGACUCUACAGCUCAUACGAUCAGUUUCUGCAUUACGAGGUUUUGAGGAAUCCAGAAGUGAUGAAGAAGCUCCGUAAGGAACUCGACAACGUCAUCCCAGCCGACUGUGUUACCCCCUCUAUUGAGCAGGUCAAGCUACCCUAUCUAAACCGCGUGAUCAAAGAAACCCUUUGCAUGCACGGUCCGGGAUCUGGUACAUUUAGAUACUGCAGUCAGGAUACCGAAAUCGACGGCAUAGUGCUUCCCGCAAACACAACUAUUGCUCUUUGGAAUCCCCAGGUUCACCGUGAUCCCAGAAUAUGGGGGCCAAAGGCGAACGAGUUCAACCCGGACCGGUGGGGCGACGACAUGCCGUCCAGGACGCCAGGGUCUUACUUUCCCUUCUCAUACGGGCCAAGAAACUGUCUCGGCCAAGGACUUGCCAUGUUACAAAUGUCGUUCGCAUUAGCGACGCUGUUCCGCCGAUAUGAUCUGUCAAUCGAGCCGGGUUUUGAGAUUGGAAUUUUUGCCUAG